AUGGCUGACCUCCACGGAAUCAUGGUGGCUCUGAUCACCCCCUUCACCGAUGAUCAAACCAAAAUCGACGAAGGCCGCCUUCAAGCCCAUAUCGAGCACCUGAUCAAGGCCGGCGUGCACGGUCUCGUACCAGGAGGCAGCACGGGCGAGUUCACAGUCUUGACAACCGCCGAACGCAAGCAGCUCACAGAGCUAUGCGUAAAGUUUGCCGACGGCCGUGUCCCCGUCGUCGCCGGCACAGGCAGCACAUCCUCUGCAGAAGCCAUUGAGCUAUCCAAGCAUGCUGCCUCGGUUGGUGCCGCCGCCGUCAUGGUCGUGCCACCCUUCUAUGACCCCGUUAACCUCGAAGAGCUACAUGAACUCCUUUGGGAGGUUCACACAGCCUCCAACCUACCAAUAAUGUUCUACAACAUCCCCGGCGCGUCAGGUCUGAAGCUCACACCAACUGAGAUCGCCGGUCUAUCUGCUGUCGGCGUGAAGUAUAUGAAGGAUACAUCUGGUGAUGCGCCUGCGCUUACGGAGUUGCUUGUUGGGCACUCUGAUAAGAUUACUGCAUUCAACGGCUGGGAUAGUCUGACUUUCUUUGGAUUGGCAUCCGGAGCCCCGGGCGGUGUCUGGGGUGCUGCGAACUUUCUUCCUGAGUUGGCUGUUGAGCUAUAUGAGGCUGUUUCAGUCCGGGGGGAUCUGAAGCGUGGUCGGGAGCUUUGGGCGAAGGCUUGGCCUAUUUGCAAGUUCUUGGAAUCGCACAACUAUUGUGGGUCGGUCAAGACUGGCGUUGAGUUAAUUGGCCAACCUACUGGUGGCUUGCGGAAGCCGUUUUCAUUGCUGAAGCCUGAGCUGCGAGAGGAGUUGAGACAGUUGAUUCAGAAUGCUGGUGUUAAAACUAUUUAA